AUGCCCCCAAAACGGCAAAGGUCCGCAGCAUCCGCAGCGCCCAAGGGUACCAAAAAGAUCAAGACCACCCACACCCCUACACGCCGAUCCCCACGACGCAACACAAGCGACGAUGCGACAAACCCGCAAAGCAAGGUCGAGACGGAACCCACAACACAAAGGAACUCGAGAGCAGUCAAGGCCCCAGUUGCAAAUGAUGACCACGAAUGGGAGAUUCUAGACGGCGACAACCGAGAGGCGCUUCUAGUAGGCACCACCGCGUCAAACCGACUAAGACUCCGCUUUCGCCGUAGGCAUAAUGACAAACAAGCGGAGAUUGUUGUUCAUCGCUAUAAGAAGGCAGUGAAUGAGGUAGACUGGAACAGUAGCCAAGAUAUCAUGGAUAUCAACGAGUGGCGGAAUGAGGUCUUCGACCGAACUAUGGGGUUCCCCCCCAAGGCCACACGCACUAAAUGGACCCCGUUCGAGACUGCUUACCUAGAGGUAUUGCACGAGAAGCUCAAGCGUGUCGCUAGUACCAACGCGGAGUUCACGAUGCCGCAUAAUACCAGGAUCCUCAAAGCAUUCAACGAGUACUUCGAAUAUAGGGACGGCAUCCGGGACAAGAAUGGUGAGAAUAUGGACCCUCUCGGCGCUAGGACCAUGGUACAGUUGACUUCGUAUAUGGGCCGGCCGGGGACCAAGCUUCGUCAGCUACGAAAUGAUCUGAGCAAGUACAAUACAAGCAAUGAUGCUGAUGGAUACUUUCCUACUGUGAAAGACACCGAGAUCCAGGGCUACUUGGACGGAGAUGGAGUAAUCGACCUUACUGAAGAUGUUCCGGCGCCCGGAGAACCUGCCCAAGAUUUGCAAGUUGCUCCUCCAAGCCCCUCGGAGAAACGACCAGAGUUACACUCAGCCCAGAAGUCGUCACAAGCGCAUCACGACGCAACUGACAACCCUCAGCCGAAGAAAAAGCCACGAUGGGUGAAGCCCAAAGAAACCGCAGUAAUACCCUCCACUCCUGAGUACAUCCUCUCUCUCAAAGCCAGAGGCUAUAAAUGGAUGUAUAUGCCCGAAACCGAUGAUGAGGCGCUCAGACUCCAUGUCGCCGCUGGCAAGAAGAGUCCUCCUGACACCACAUGGAUCCACCAAGCCACCAAAGACCUCGACGACCGAAUCAGUAGACGCAAUAGUACACGUGUCAAUCACGAAGCUUUCAACAGGGACUUGCUUGACAAAUAUGAACCGAAGGGGGCAAUGAAAGAUGUAGAAGACUGGCACAAGAUUUCUGCACGCAGAGAUGGAGCGGCGGCAGUCACUGGUCUACUCAAUGCGGCUGAUCUCCCACCUCACGGUUACAAGGGUGAUAUACGGGAUCUUGCCCGGAAUAGGUUGUUGUCUGAGGGUGAACUGGAGUUGAUUGAGGCACGCGACGAUGCUAUUGAGAAGAAGUAUCAUAUGAUUGAGCGUCAGAGGCUACUAACGAUCCAGGAAGAGUAUGAGGCAAGCCUUUUUGAGAAAGCGAAACAUGAUCGUGCUGCGCGACUACAGAGGGACGAUCAGUACUAUGAUUCAGAUGUUACAAGGGCAGACGAUACGGAUUCGCCUCAUGAGAAUGAGGAGGACCUGGAAGGGUGA